UCAAAAAUAUAAAUAUUGGACGAUUUUGUUUUCCAGAUUUUGCAUUCAACUUGGUUAAAUACAUGUUGGUUUUUGUAGUUUUUCAAAAUUUGCAAUUAUUUCCAUUUAGUUUUUACUAAUUUCUUGAAAGAUGUAUCAAUAACAUAACGAGUGGAAUUAUUAGAGAGGUGGUGGUCCUGCAAAUAAGUAAUUGAGGUUGCAGACGUCAGAGUAAGUCUGUGGAUGAGUAUUGUAUUGGUGUUCACGAUUCAUUUACUAAUGGAGGUGGAGUGUCGUCAGAAGAAGGGCGUGAAAGGAAGCGUCUCAAUUCUGAUAGUGCCGGAAAACAAAUUAAGUGGGAGGUGGUUUAGUAUUCAUUGCUAACUAGUGUAGCUCGUACAUCGUAGGAGAAACGCACACAAUGACGACAUUAAAACAGUCUCGUAGUUUUUUGGCGUGUAUGAUGCAACAGAUGUAAAAUGAAAAUUACAUCUGAACAAUUCUGUCAUUCUCCAUGUAUUAGUGACUUGCGUUGGAGUAAUUUGGAGGCCCCUAAUUAAGUAGUGCAGUUAGCAGAACUACAAAAUGACCAGCAAACGUCUCGGGUACUGGUUGAGUUUGAAAAAGUCAAGAAAGCUGUCACUGCCGGAUAUCGAGGCGUCUUUGAGAUCUCGAGACGUGGAACCUGUGAAGAUUGACUUGGAAAAACCAUUGGCCGAUCAAGGCCCGUUCGACUGCAUUUUACAUAAGCUCACAGAUUAUAUUGCACAAGCAGAGUCUGGGGACCAGGAAGCAGAAUUUAUAAUUUCCAAUGUCCAGGAAUACUCGAAACAACAUCCUGCCAUGCUUGUGAUUGAUUCCAUUGACUGUCUGAGACUGCUCAUUAAUCGUUUCAAAACAUACGGCAUGAUUGACAGUGCCACGGAGUUCAUGCAAGGGACUACUUUCGUUCCAAAAUUUGUUGCACUUGUGUCAAAUGAUUUUAAUACAAACUUAAAGCUUUUGCACGAUGCAGGCGUAACUUUUCCUGCAGUUUGCAAACCCGUUGUGGCUCAUGGCGAAAACGCUCAUCAAAUGACUUUGAUUUUUAAUGAGAAAGGGCUCCAUGAAAUUGCGUUUCCGUGUGUAGUUCAAUCAUUUAUUAAUCAUAAUGCUGUGUUAUACAAGCUCUUCACUUUGGGAGAAAAAUAUUUUUUAAUUGAAAGACCAUCAAUCAAAAACUUCCACAAAUGCGAAGAACAUGCACCGAUUCAUUUCGACGGCAAUGAAGUAUCAAAGGCUAAUUCAAUUAACAUUCUAACCGUUCAAGAAAACUCUGUUGAAGAUCGGUCAAUUCCUAAACCUCAUCAUGAAGUGCUGCAAUUAAUUGUACGAGAAAUUGGAAAAGCAAUGGGGUUGCGACUCUUUGGAGUCGAUGUGGUUGUGGAUGCAGUCUCAGGAAGAUAUGCCAUUGUGGAUGUGAACGCGUUUCCUGGUUAUGAUGGAGUCACGGAUUUUUCUGAACUACUUGCAGAUUACAUAAAACAAGAACUGGACAAUCAAUUUUGCCAAACUUCGUAGAUCUCCAUGCAGAGGGGUGCAACAGCCAAGCAAUCUAACUACUCUAUAAUGAUUCUAAGCAUAAUUAAAUGUGACGUAGCUUUACCAUGACAGGUUAUUUGUACGGCUAACUAUAUGAUUUGUACGUACCGUAUAAUAUAUUUAAAAUGUGAUUUUUUCUGCAAUCAAGUAUUUAAACAACUUUAGUGAUGCACCACAAUAAGAGUAUCCAAUUCAGACCGCAAUAAGGUCUUUAACUAUUGAUUCGAAUAUAUAAAAUAUUAAUUAUAUUAUUAUAUGAUAUUAUUAUUAUUACGUAAUUAUCUACAUUAAAUUUCUCUACCUCAGUGGAAGUGAUGUUAAGACUUUUAUUAUGUGUAUCACCAGUGACAUUACCUAUUCCAAUGUGAACCAAAGCCUUCCAUUCGUAUAUGCAAUGAAGUGAAUGGUAGAAGUCCAAAUAAGUGUGAUUGAUUGAAUUAAAUAGUAUAUAUUACAGAAUCAUUAUCUACAGUAUUUUAAACUCUGGUGCUUUUAAGAUGAAGUAAAAUUAAACUAAAUAUAUUCUCUACGUGUAUCUGUAAAACUUUCCAUAAAUUUUGAAUUAACUAUAUAGUAAUUAAAUAAAUAUUUUCAUGAAUCCUUUAAA